UGAUACUUGACAUUCCAAUUUCUAUACAAGUGGGUGUAAAUGAAAAUAUAUAUUUUUUUAAAUAUAUAUAAAACUUUAAAUAUUAAAUAGACAUUAGACAGAAAACGUUGAAACGUGUUUAUACUUUGGUUAUAUAUAAUUUAGCAUAUUAUCCCACAAGAAUAAUGUUGGUGUUAGUAUUAGGUGAUCUCCACAUCCCUCAUCGCUGUAGCAGCUUACCACCGAAGUUCAAAAAGCUGCUCCUACCGGGUCGUAUCCAACAUAUUCUAUGCACGGGGAACCUGUGUACUAAAGAGUCAUAUGAUUACUUGAAGACAUUGGCCAGUGAUGUGCAUGUAGUGAGGGGUGAUUUUGAUGAGAACUCCACAUACCCAGAGCAAAAGGUGAUAACCGUAGGUCAAUUUCGUAUUGGUCUCAUCCACGGACACCAGGUAGUACCCUGGGGUGAUGAAGAGUCGCUCGCCCUGGUGCAGCGGCAGCUGGACGUGGAUAUACUGAUUUCUGGACACACGCAUCGCUUUGAAGCUUAUGAGCAUGAGAAUAAGUUUUAUAUUAACCCUGGGUCAGCGACAGGUGCUUACAAUCCACUGUUCAGGAAUCCCACACCAUCCUUUGUUCUUAUGGACAUAACAAGUUCUACAGUAGUUACUUAUGUGUAUAAGUUACUUGGUGAUGAAGUUAAAGUGGAAAGAAUCGAAUAUAAGAAAGUGUAGAUGACCUAAGCAAUUAAAUUAUAAGAUAUAUUAUGUACAUGUAAAUUUGUGGUUGGAAAAUCUGUUGAGAUUACUUUGUUUCUGUUUAAAAUAAUCAACUCAUUAUAAAGAUGGAGGUAAUCUAAAUUGAUUAGCCAAAAAAAAAAAA